CCUUCCUCCAUCUUCCACCUUGGUCACCGCGUGUGCGCUUUCUAAGUGUGCAGGUCAGUGUGGAACCGUAACCGUCUCUCUUCUCCUGCACAGGCACACGGUUUUCGGACUGGAGAAGAUGAAAGAAACAAUUAUGAACCAAGAAAAACUCGCCAAACUGCAGGCGCAAGUCCGCAUCGGUGGGAAGGGUACAGCCCGCAGAAAGAAGAAGGUUGUGCAUAGAACAGCCACAGCAGAUGACAAAAAACUUCAGUUUUCACUGAAGAAGCUUGGCGUCAACAACAUAUCUGGUAUUGAGGAGGUGAAUAUGUUCACAAACCAGGGCACAGUGAUCCACUUCAACAACCCCAAAGUACAGGCCUCGCUGGCGGCCAACACCUUCACCAUCACGGGCCAUGCGGAGACCAAGCAGCUGACGGAGAUGCUGCCUAGCAUUCUGAACCAGCUGGGUGCCGACAGCCUGAGCAGCCUCCGUCGAUUGGCCGAGUCCCUGCCCAAGCAGGGUGAGGAUUGGCUGGGAGCUGGAGACGGGAAGGCACCGGUCGCUGCUGCCGAGGAAGAUGACGAUGAAGUUCCAGACCUUGUUGGCAAUUUUGACGAGGCUUCAAAGGACGAAGCGAACUGAAGAACAUUCUGCAAUCAAAUUAGUGUUGGACCGGGUCAUGAGAAACAGCUGUUUUUUCUAUUUGUCAUUUAAUGUGUACUGUUAAAUGAUUUUUUUGGUAUUGAUGCCGCAUUAAAAUCAGGAAUGAAUUGCAUCCUUUGCUAGCCUUCCAUCUGUGCUGUCACCCAAUCCCAUGUUUUGCAGCCUGGUUUCCCUUAACCUGUCUGUAAUAAACCGUUGCAUUUAAGAAAUGCUAAUAAAGUUCAGCCUGUCAUGAA